AUGCCGGGUAGAUGCUGUGUACCAUUAUGUAAGGGAAACUACCCAACAGGACCAAAAGUGUCUGUAUUCUCCUUUCCUAAAAAUGAAGAUUUGAAGAGAGAGUGGCUUUCUGCAAUCCAACGGAAAGACUUUUCACCCAAAAAGAGUUCAAAGGUUUGUGAAUUGCAUUUCAAGGAAAGUGAUUUUAAAGUUGAAGCUUCAGCAUUUGAUUCUAAGAAUGGAAUUUUAAUUUCUGCUCCACUUCAGGUGCGUAGAUUAAAAGAAAAUACAGUGCCAUCAAUAUUUAAGGACUAUCCAUCUGUAUACAGUUCAAAAAGUAGCACCAUUGUACGAGAAGAUCCUGAUGCAAAAAAAAACUGCCCGCGAGUGCCAUAA